AUGAUUUUAAAAAGAGUAGUAUCUCCCACCAUCAUUGACAAGGUUAAACAAUUGGGUAAGUGGAAUUUGAGACUUGAAAAGACAUAUAAAUUGUCCCGAUUUAUAUAAUUUUUACUAUUUUUAAUGACAUUGACAUAACCCUACUGAGAAAAAUUUUCUUUUAUCUUUAAGCACUCUAGUUUAAAAUAAAAUAUAAGAUAUAUAUAAGAUUGAGAUUAUAUAAAUAAUUAUAUUAUUUUUAUUUUUGCAGAAUCACUUUCGAAAACUACUCUUUUUGCAAAUUCCUGUAGACUACACCAAUUUGGUAGAACUUCCAGUAGUCUCGCCACUGUUAGACAAUGUUUGGAUUCUGGUACAGUUAACAAUAAAACUAAUUGUUUGAUAAAGGUAUUGAAUAUUAAUUUCAAGUAUUUAGGUUACAUUAAUUUUGGGUUCCCAUCAACUGCCAUUUUAGGUACGCAAAUAAGUCGCAAUGCAAGUACAUCUGGUGAUCAUGUACGUUUGUGGGUUUUGGAAAGAGUUGUUUCGACAGCAUUACCAUUUUUGAUACCUGCUGCUUUAAUAACAGAAAAUUCUAUUCUUGAGGGCAUAAUGGGUCUAGAAGCUAUUAUUACAGACUAUGCAAGACCUAGUGUUCUUGGACCUGUACUGCCAAAAAUUCUACACUUUUCAUUGCUUAUAGUCUCAGCGGUAACAUUAUGUGGCCUAUUUGUACUCAUAAAUAACGGUCCUGGAGUUUCAAGAGCUGUAAAAGAUGCUUGGGCAAUUGGUAAAACACCUCCACGAAACAAACCUAUUGUCGAAGAAUAA